AGUUUUUCAAGCUACAACGAUAUCGGGCCUCAGGGGUUUCAAUGUUGUUCUGCAACAGAAUAAGCAUCUUGUGCAGCUACAAUCUCCUGGCCCGUGCUCCAUUGCGGAGCAGCUACACUCCAAACAAUCCUGUGAGUUAUGACAUCAUCACCACCAGGACUGGAAUGAGGAAAUCCCCCCCAGGCCUCUGCCUUGCCUCUGUAGUUAACCUUUAACCAGCCGCUCUCUUGAAACCACGUCUCACUUACUGAACGCCUGCGAUAAGACAAAGUGUAAUUUGCCGCAUCAGUGUGAGCGAGUGCAUCAAGGCUCCUUCUUGACGUUAAAUCAUUAUGAACCCAACCCUGUGUGUUGAACUGGUCCACAUGGAAUUCCAUGUUAAACAUUUACUGUAGAUCGCUUUAGUUGUCUUAGCGGUGACAUCAGUCCAUCCUGACCACGUUGUUCGCCACUAUGUUGUAUGUCUGGACUCCGACAAAGCUGAGCGCCUAUUUCCUGCCACAGCGGAACAGGGAGGGACUUCCUGCCUGCCGACUCACGCUCCAUAUAUGUCCUUCACAGAUGUGGUGAUGGCAAGGCAACGGAAUCUUGUUUGCAACGUUACAAAACAGCAGCCAGACACGGUAGUGUUUGUCGGAGAACGGGACAUGAACCAAUCAGACUAUUGGCAACAGCUACCUGGGCCAUGUUGGAUUGUUUAUUAUUCACACAUGUCUUUUUACACGAUGGUAAUUUGUAACUUUAAGGGCAAAUAUAUAGACAAUUGCAGACAAUUUGUAAUUGUACAACCUCAAGGGGGUUUGACAUUGAACGAUUAGACUGGCGUCACAUGAGGGCCUAAAUGACAUCACACCGGCCCUCAUGUUCAGUUCAAGAGAUGAAUGUCGUAUCCUUAAAAAAAUCAGAGAGCACCUAUCCUACCCUGGACCCCUUUAUCUGCUGAUGCUAUUGAGCCAGCACAAUAAACCCAAAUGACUGACAAACUCAUUAAAGACUAUUGCCAUGUUUGAUCCCUGAGCACAGCUUGUGUUUUUGAGUUUGCAAGUUUUAUUUCUGCGGCAGCAGCCGAGAGCCUACAUCGACCAUGUUGUCUGUUGGCAGCGUGGAGCGCUGUCUUUUUAAAUGCGAUGUGGAGAGGAGUGUGUUGGUAGCAACACACAUCCUUUGGGAGCGCCGUGCUCAGAGGACAGAGGCUCCGGUCGCAUUCCCAGGACUCCCGAAAUGGUCGGCAAAACACGGAAAACAUCUGCUUUUGAGGAAUGCGAGCCCGAGUGAAGCCGCGCGUUCGUCCUGCAGAGAUUCCGCUGCACCAUGUUUCAUUUAUUCAUCAGGUCAUCUCAUCUGAUGCCAAGGCUGAAGGAGUCUCGCUCCCAUGAGUCACUGCUCAGUCCCAGCAGCGCUGUGGAAGCCCUGGACUUAAGCAUGGAGGACGAGGUCAUCAUCAAGCCCGUUCACAGCAGCAUCCUUGGGCAGGACUACUGCUUUGAGGUGACUACCUCCUCGGGAAGCAAGUGCUUUUCCUGCCGCUCAUCGGCCGAGAGAGACAAAUGGAUGGAGAACCUCAGGAGGGCGGUCCAGCCAAACAAGGACAACAGCCGGCGAGUGGAGAACAUGCUGCGGCUGUGGAUCAUCGAGGCAAAGGACCUCCCAGCCAAGAAGAAAUACUUUUGCGAGCUGUGCCUGGAUGACUCGCUGUACGCCCGUACCACCUGCAAGCUCAAGGCAGACAAUGUCUUCUGGGGGGAGCACUUUGACUUCAACAACCUGCCGGCAGUGCGCAGCAUCACGGCCCACCUCUACAAGGACACUGACAAGAAGAAGAAGAAGGACAAGAACAAUUACAUUGGACUCGUCAACAUCCCAGUGGCGGCGGUCACCGGCCGGCAGUUUGUGGAGAAGUGGUACCAGGUGAGCAUGCCCAAUCCCCCCAAGGGCAAGACGUCAGGACCUAUGAUCCGGAUCAAGGCCCGCUAUCAGAGCAUGAGCAUCCUGCCCAUGGAGAUGUACAAGGAGUUUGCAGAGUACACCACCAACAACUACAUGCUCCUGUGCUCCGUGCUUGAGCCUGGGAUUAGCGUCAAGAACAAAGAGGAGAUGGCGUGCGCGCUGGUGCACAUUCUACAGAGCACCGGCAAAGCCAAAGACUUCCUCACGGACCUGAUGAUGUCGGAAGUGGACCGCUGCGGGGAGAAUGAGCAUCUGAUCUUUAGGGAGAACACGUUAGCCACAAAGGCCAUCGAGGAAUACCUUAAGCUUGUGGGACAGAAGUACCUGCAAGAUGCUCUCGGUGAGUUCAUCAAGGCUCUGUACGAGUCAGAUGAAAAUUGCGAGGUGGACCCUUCCAAAUGUUCCUCAGGAGACCUUGCGGAGCACCAGAGCAACCUGAAGAUGUGCUGCGAGUUGGCCUUCUGCAAAAUCAUCAACUCCUACUGCGUUUUCCCUCGAGAGCUGAAAGAGGUGUUUGCGUCGUGGCGGCAGGAAUGCGGCAACCGGGGUCGACCGGACAUCAGUGAGCGCUUGAUCAGCGCCUCCCUCUUCCUGCGCUUCCUGUGUCCAGCCAUCAUGUCGCCCUCGCUCUUCAACCUGAUGCAGGAGUACCCUGACGACCGCACAGCACGGACACUGACGCUCAUCGCCAAGGUCACGCAAAACCUGGCCAACUUCACCAAGUUUGGGAACAAGGAAGAGUAUAUGUCCUUCAUGAACCAGUUCCUGGAGCAUGAGUGGACCAACAUGCAACGCUUCCUGCUGGAGAUCUCAAACCCGGAGACCAUCUCCAACACGGCAGGCUUUGAGGGCUACAUCGAUCUGGGCCGGGAACUGUCCACCCUGCACUCCCUCCUCUCGGAGGUGGUGUCCCAAAUGGAGCAGAGUGCCACCUCAAAGCUGGGACCUCUGCCAAGGAUUCUGCGAGAGGUGACUGCGGCACUGACCAACCCCGCUGGCGUCCAGGUGAUGUCAGGGCAAUCGUCGCAGCCGGGGGGCUCGCCCCCCGCCGAGGCGAGCUGUAGCAUCUCCACCGGGCUGCAGAAGAUGGUCAUCGACAACGACAUCACAGGAUUGGUUGAUUUCACCAGGCUGCCGUCCCCCACCCCAGAAAACAAAGACCUUUUUUUUGUGACGAGGAGCUCAGGGAUCCAGCCUUCCCCGGCACGCAGUUCAAGCUACUCUGAGACCAAUGAGCCGGAUCUGGGCAUGGCCAAUGGAAGCAAAAGUCUGUCUAUGGUGGACCUGCAAGACCCCCGCAGUAUGGAAGGUGGUCAAGGUCCUGGAACCCCUGACAACCUGGCUGAAGUUCCGGUCUCUGUGGGAGGCUGGUCCGCCAGGGUCCCACAGUGCAACAUCCCAGGUGGUCCAACCUUGAGGAGGCCCGGACAGACCCCGACCACGCCAAACACGGACAGUGCUCCGGGUCGACCUGCCCAGCUGCUAGCCCCCCUGUCCUUCCAGAAUCCAGUUUACCAGAUGGCCACCUGCCUGCCCGUGUCCCCGCGGGGUAUGACCGACUCAGGCUCAGAGUGCCACAGUUCAGUCAGUUCCCAUAGCAACAAUGAGGAUGGACCAGCAGGUGGGAAGCACUCCUUCUUGAACCAAGGCGGCGGGAGUAGCAGCGAUGAAUACACCAGGCGCUCCGGUGAGUUUACCCGCCGACAGCUCUCCCUCACCGAGGCCCAGCACCAGCCCGCUGUCCCCCGACAAAACAGCGCCGGCCCCCAGCGGAGGAUAGACCAACCUCCUCCACAGAGUAUCACGCGGGGUCGUACGCCUCCUAAUCUGCUUAACAGUGGAGCCUAUCCCAGGCCCGGCUCUGGCAGCAUGAUGACAUCGUCCCCGGACUGGCCCGUCAGCAGCGCUCGUUUACGGCAACAGUCAUCAUCAUCUAAAGGGGACAGUCCUGAGACCAAGCAAAGGGCCCAGCACAAACAGGCCCCUUCCCCAGUGAACCCCAGUGCGCUGGACCGCACAGCAGCCUGGCUAUUGAAUAUGAAUAUGCAGUAUUUAGACCAUGAGGGGAUGGAGCACGACUCACUGAGACACAGAGAGGAGCUGACACAGGUGCAAAAGUACCAGCAGGAGAUCGCCCUGCUGCAGGAGAAGCUGCGGGCGUCUGUGCAGAAGCUGGAGGAGUACGAGGCCCGUCUCAAAGGCCAGGAUGAGCAAGCCCAGAAGGUGCUGAUGGAGUACCAGGCCAGGCUGGAGGAGUCGGAGGAGCGCUUGCGCCGGCAGCAGGACGACAAGGACCUCCAGAUGAAGGGCAUCAUCAGCAGGUUAAUGUCAGUGGAGGAGGAGCUAAAGAAAGAUCACUCCGACAUGCAGGCCGUGGUGGACUCGAAGCAGAAAAUCAUCGAUGCACAGGAAAAGCGCAUCGCCUCGUUGGACGCCGCCAACGCCCGUCUAAUGAGCGCCCUGACCCAGCUGAAAGAGCGCUACAGCACGCAGUCGCGCAACGGCAUCUCGCCGACCAACCCCAGCAAACUGCAGAUCACUGAGAACGGAGAGUUCCGGAACAGCAGUAACUGCUAGAGACAUGGACGCUAAGAAGGCGGGGACAGACCCCAGAUUGGAAAACUCAGUGGGCAUGUUCUUUUAAUGAGGACAGCGCUUGUGGAAGACAUUUCCGAAUUUUAUGCGCAGAACGCGAGUAGCCGUCGUGGGACGCAAGAGGCAAGACUUUACCUCGAGGGACAGAGCACGGGACGCCCCUUCGUUGUGGGGGCGGGGCAGAGCUUGUACAUAUGAACUAUCCACCCAACACGUUUCCAUUGGAUGUAUGCGGCUGCUGGGACAACGGAUGGAACCGCCUGGGAUGAACCACUACGUGGAGUGCGGACUCGCCGACAACCACUCAGAAACAUUGCAGAAUCAUUGUGGAGGAUAAAUAACUAGUGCUUUACCUUAAAGUCCAUGUUUAUAGACAACCAAAUAGGAACUAAAAAUCCUGAUAUUUUUAGUCCAAAAACAACUUCUUCGUUCAGCCUUUGGGCGUGUUCUUGAGCGUCCUACGUGACCUCCCCCACCCCCGAACCCCCAUGUAGUGCACUUUGUGAAAGCUAUUGGUACAUGAAACGCCUUAAGCUAGGAUCGCAACUUUAUUCCACGGCUCGGCUAUUUCUUGCAAAGAAAAAAAAUACAAAAAGGCACAAUUAUAUACUGUGGAUUUGUAAAGGAUAGAGCUUGUACAAACGUAUAUGUAUUAUGAAAGUAAAUCAGAUUUAUGUGAUACUAUAUUGAUGCAAUUUACAGUAAUAUAGAUGUAUGCGUUUCCUUUUUUGCUUCUAGAGUAUACACACACAUACCUAUAUUUGAUAACUUCAAAUAUAAGAGCAGACUUGUAUUUAGGAGUUUUAUUUUUCUUCUCAAAAGAUGAAUGACGGGAGACGGGAGGAGAACGCAAGCCGGAAGCACCGGUAGUUGAUAAACAGCUUCUAGUGCUUGCCGCAGUUCUGAGAAGCAUCUUCAAGGUAGUCUUGACUCUUGGUUCAGGUCAUUUUCUUGCGCAAGUAGCUGGAGAUGUGCAGACAUGUGUUGGACACGCUAUACACUGGACUUGGUGAGCCGCAGCUGGAAAGGACGUUUGUUCUGAUUUGUUUCCCAUGUUGGUUUGGUGAGGACUUUAGGUCCAAAACAUGACUUGGUUGAAGCAGAAUCCGCUCCAUGGGUUGUUUGUCCUUCCCUAAACCUUCUCCUGGACCUUCCCGACAAUCCUAACCUACUGUUAAACCUAACCUCAGCAUUGGAUUCCUACCGCCACACCACUUUACGCCACCCUACCCUUAUCGCCACCCUACCCUUAGCUUACUUCCUAACACUAAUAUCCUUGGAAAUCUAACCCAAAGAUUUUCUUGAUACGGAAACCUUAACCGUAUCCCGACACUGAUACCCUGAACCGCACCACCCUUACCUUUACCUAUCCCCAACACAAAACUCCUGAAUCCUACCCUACCCUAAAAGCAUAAAGCUUAAGCUGACCCCAACUAAUCACCCUUUACCUAAAACCAAAUCCUUACCCACAUCCUUACCCUACCCUAAAACCCGAAACCCAAAGUUAACCCAACUCUAAUCUCUUACACUCCUACCCUUAAACCUUUCCGAAAAUCCCUUCCCCCCCACCCUAAAGCCAAGCAUUUAACCCUACCACCCUUACCACUACCCGUGAUUCUUCUGAAUGUGAAGCCACUAGCAAGUCCUGCUAUGCUAAUCGUGGAUCCUAUUUGCCUUCCUUACCAGUGCUAGAUGUUGUUUUUGUUACCAUUCAGAAAGUGAUGCUAGAAGACAUAUGAGUCAAUACACGAGUGAUUCUGGAGAGUCUGGUAAAGUGUAAAUAAAAAGCUGACACUAUUUUUUACCUAAAGUUGACAGAGCUUUUUGUAAACGUACCUCACCGCUCGCUCCAACUCUGCUGUAUCGUCAUGGGUGUUUGUAAAUACAAACUAGCUCGGUUGUUUACCUGUCACCCGUUCUGUGUUCUUCCCCCCUCGUUAUGGCGAUGUUUUGACUGUACGAUCGCGAGCCAAACAACAGAUUACGCAAACAGGAGGGAGUCUUGGGCGGUCGGGUUCAAGUUCAAGCAGAGUUCAAUCUUGACGAGAUUGGCAAGCACAAUCCUGUAUUUCUCAUCAGUCAAUGCCUAUGCACUUUUAUGUUAAGUGGCUGUUUGAUUAGCUUGUUUUGUUGGGUUGUUGUUGUUUUUUGGUUGUUUUUUUUUACACAGCACCUCUGUCAAAUUGUAUCUGAUGAAAUCUGAAAAAAACUACACACAGAAUCAGAAAGAAAGAUUUUAACACUAAAAUGAAGACUAUGCAGCUUUGAAGUCCUUUUUUUUUUUUUAAAUUUACUUCUCCUAAACAAUGCCUCAUAAUUAUGGCUUCCCUCACAAUGUUUAGCUAGCUGGGAUCCAAGACAGAACAAACUAAUUGCAUAAAGGCAUGCAAGAAUAGGUGUGCCAUAUAAGGCAUUAACUACCAGAUACUUUCCUGAUGUUUCCAGGUAAAGUUUCUUUUUUGUUGUUUUGUUUUAUUAUUUGAACCUUUGUGGGGCCCUGUACUAAGAUUCUGGUACGUUAGCUGCUCCCCCUGUGAUGGUAAAACUAGCUCUUAGGCCGACUUUUUAGCUAAGUGGCCAAAAAAAGUUGCACAGUCUCUCUUUGUGACUGAUGCGAAUGUUACUUGUGCUCCCGUACAUAAAAACACUCUUUAACGUUGUCUAGCCCGUUACGCUAACGCCGUAGAAUCUUGCCGAGUUUACAGGACGAGCUCAAGCAGAAAAUGAAUCAGCUAUAAAUACAGCAAAAAAUAAAAUAAAAAAAGAUGUAUGUUUUCUAUGGACUUGUAGAAAAUACUUUUUGUAAGUAUGUUGAAAGUCUAUAAAGUAUUUGUUGCAUUCUUUUAACGACCGCGACAAAACAAUAAUGUACAGAGGAACUUGUGUUGUCAACAUGUGGCCGUGCAAUUGAUGUACAUUUGCAACAAGACCUAUUAAAGUUUUAUUUAGCUAUUUUAA